CCUGUCAGUCGGAUUAGUCAACAGAGCAGGAGUGAAAUGGCCAAAGUGGAAGUGGCACCGCUCAGAACAUGGGACGACUUCUUUCCCGGUUGGGAAAGAUUCGCCAAACCAGACACAAAAGAUAUGGCGAAAUGGAAUAACAGAGUCGUCAGCAACUUGCUCUACUAUCAGACUAAUUAUUUGGCACUAGCUGUUGGUGUUUUCCUUAUUGUUAGGUGCCUGAACCCGCUGGGGAUGUUCACCGCCAUAGCUGUGGUGUCGGGAGUCUUUCUGAGCUCGGUGUGGGCCGGCGAGAACAGAACCAUCAUCAACAACUUCAAGAGGAAGAACCCCACGGUCUUUGUGGGUGUGGUGAUGGUGGCCAGCUACAUGUUGAUAUCCUUGCUAGGCAGCGUCAUGGUGUUCAUGACGGCAGUCACGUUACCCCUCACCUUGAUACUGGCCCAUUCUUCUUUUCGCCUCCGCAACAUGAAGAAUAAACUGGAGAACAAAAUCGAAUGUGCUGGACUGAAAAAGUCCCCGAUGGGAAUUUUGCUGGAGACUCUUGGUCAGCAAGAAGAUAACUUUCAGAAGAUCCAGACCUUUCUGGAGGACAAAAUGAAGGAGUGACUGGGAUUGGACGGCACUCGUGUUUACCAAAGAUCUACACGCAAACCGUGCAUGUCUGAACCGUCCCGGUGUGCAUGCAGCAGCAGACCCUCAGGGUAGAAAAUCUGUCAGACACACAUCAACUCUACCGGAUUUCUCUCAACUGAAACUUCAUUAAAAGGCACAGAACUGAUUGUUUGUUUUUUUAUGGUAACUUAAAAAAAAAGCGGUUUGACUGCGCCAUCUGCAGGGGAGAAGGAGUGCUGCAGGUACAUGCGAGCUAGUCUCACAAGUCAGCAUUUUCCAGCAAGUGGAUGCCUUGACGAGACGUGAUGCGUAACUGCACGUUUUAUAUAAUAAUUCUAAGUAGUAAUAAUAAUUGUAUAGAGUGGUACCUCGGUUUUUGUCAUUCAUUCAUUCCGAAAAGGCUCAAUGAAAACGGAAACGUACGAAAACCGAGGCUGUUGGGGGAUCAUGUCAAUCCAAUGAGUCUGUUUCAGACACCCAAAACUAUUAACAAAAAAAAUACAUUUUAUAGAGAAGAAUUAUAGUUUUAAACACAGAAAAUGAGAAAUGACAAACGGAUGGAACUUAGCGUUGAUGCAGACUUCCCGUACAUCCUGGCCAGGUGGAAUUCAAUAGUGUUUCUUACCUUGUUUCAAGGUGCUGGCGCUCGCAGCUUUCUUUGGCCCCAUGGUAGGCCGCGUGUCUGUUGCUCUGUUCGGGGACUCGAUUUCGCAGAACGAUACAGUUGCAGGCCAAACGGACUAAUUUGUUACGUGCAAUAUUGUAUAAAAACCAAGGCAAAUGUUUUGGACGAAAACUCAAUGAUGAAAAACUGAGGUGUGACUGCACUGUACUGUAAAAUGACAGGCUUUAGAGGACGGUAUUCAACCACAAGAUUCGGGACCAGCAGAUUUUUUUUAAGCACGUGAAAGCCUGGAAAUAAUGUCCGUCAUGAAUGUGUUCCACUCUUUACCUUGUAAAAGUAUUUGUUCUUUCACUUUGACAGAAAAAUUGUGCUAAACUUUGAUAUAAUCUGACCAGGAAAGAAGAAAUUCCAAGCAUUUUUAAAAAAUCCCCAAAUAAAUCCUUGAAUAUCUUGUUUGUCACCUUGUCUUCUAAUUUCAAAGCAAGUUCAUCGAUUUGUUCCUCAAGAUAUAAUAAGAAAAUGCGCAUGCGCAAUUGAGGAGUAACAUCAUGAGGUGAUGAUACAAGUAUGUUUUAUUUACUGUUAAAAGAAGCGUCUGAGGGCGGCCAUAACAGCCAGGUUG